AAUACGAUUAAACAAGAUGCUAAAAGCACUGCUAUUUAUAGUCUUAACAACUGAUGUAACCAAACUAUCUGCUGAAACAAAUAAAGAGAAUGAAAUUACCAUAUCAAACCUGAGGCAGGUAAAAAGGGGCAUUAGAAAUCUACUCAAUGAGGGAUUGGAUGAGGUAAAGGAAGACAUUAAUACUAUAAAACAACUGAUAGAGGAUGUUAAUGAAAGAUUGGGAGAUAUAGCAGAGAAAGACAAAUGCCGGAACGAAACAAGAAAAAUAACAUCAUUGACACUGGGCUGCUAUAAAGAUACCAGGGACCGUGACCUGCCUCUCUUCCACAGCUAUGGGGAUAUGACACUGGAAAAAUGUCUGAAAGGCUGUCAUGAGGAAGGCUACGUAUAUGCUGGUAUACAAAUAGGAGCACAAUGUUGGUGUGGGAACUCAUAUGGGAAACAUGGGAAGGUAGAUGACAGUGAAUGUACAAUUAAAUGUACAGGUGAACCUUGGAGAAUUUGUGGAGAUCACUGGAAAAACAACAUCUACAGAAUUGAAUUUGUUGGGGAAGGAAAUACCAAAAUUGUACGCCAUUUACAAUAAGAAAGAGUAUAAUUAUGAUAUAUUCUGGA